UGUUAUUUUGCCAACGUCACAUUAUCAUAAGAAGAAGAUGGUUUCACUGUUGGUGGAAAAAUAAUAAUCUAAGCAAAACUAUUUAUUCUGAAGUCUUUAUUAAUGUAAUUUUCCGAACGCGAAAUAACCAGCAGUGAUCAAGAUGGCCGACGAAGAGUUCACAGACAUAAAUGGCAACUGGAUUUCUUUAGACUGUCAAACGCACUCUUCUUUCUGCAGAGAGUUUACUGUUACCUCACCCAAACUGUCCUUGCGCAAGGUGAUGGUGUACACCUGCUGUGUGUGGUUAUUUGCUUAUGCUGUGUUCUUCUUCACCCAGAACACGGCGGUUCUGUCAAGUGCCAUCAUCCUCACUUUAGUUGGGAUGGUGAUUCAUAUUCACUUUGUGAAGGUGGACCAUGAGACCCUUCUCAUAAUAGGCUCUCUGGGUGUCCAACUGUCCUCGUCUUAUGCCUCUGGACGAGAAAGCACGACUUUCAUCGAGAUGAGCAAGCUGAAAGACAUCGUCAUAAAUGAGGCUGUUUAUAUGCACAACAUCAUAUACUAUCUGUGCAUUCUCAUCAAGGACCCAGCAGACCCUGAGACGGUGACCAGUGUUGUUCCUCUCUUCCAGAGUUCAAAGCCUCGGCUCAAUUGUUUGAUUCAAGUGUACAAGAGCUGUCAAGAAAUUCUAGCACAGAGCAGAUGACGCAGAGAGGCUUUCUUUGAAGAUGAAUGAAGAUUGGAAAACUCCAGAACGAAUCAUAAGCACAUUGUUGGUAGCUUUUUUGUAUUGUCAGUAAUACACAAUGCAUUUUGUUACAUGCAGAAGUUUUUAGAUAGGCUUCGCAUUCAAAAACGUUUGUACAUAACAGUAUUCUAGCCUCAUUUAAAACAUUAUUUAAUGAUGAGCCAUUUAGUUUUUUAGGAUGUGUUCACACUUGGUUUGCAUGAUUUUGUCAAAAAAACUGACAACGGAAUAUUUUCAAUGUAUAUUUUAAUAUGAAGACUUGAAAAGAUCUAUUCAGAAAUAAUUCAUUAUUUUAGAUUGAUUAGGGUGAUUAUUGCUAUUAUUAUUAUUAUUUUCCAUUUUAGGGGAGCACAUUUGGAUCAAAUAUAACAAAUCACAAGAAAAAAUAAGUACAAAAGAACAUACAUUGGCCUAUGGUUCACUGGUGAGACUAACAAUACAGAAAUAAAUAUGACACUGAAACGAACACUGUAUGGUAUAAAUAUUUAAAUACAAGUAAUCUUUGUUAAAGCUACAGACGUAAUUGCUUAAAUGCUUUAAACAUGCUUUUAACAGGGUGUCCCCGAGGUCUUACAAAGUAAUAAAGUGUCUUAAGUUUCAAAAAAGAAAAUUUUAGGCCUUAAGUUUGAAAUUCACUGCAAUAUUGUGCUGCGAGUCUUAAAUCAUUUUACACAGGUCUUAUUUUACUAUUUCCAUUUAAAGCUACCCUAUCGGGCUGACACCCAAUCACCAAUAAUCAGUCUUAAUUUUUUGGUUUAUAUUUAGUUUUUUUUAUUGUUAUUAUUUUUAUUAUUUAAAAAGAUACAUGUCACAUAAGCUGUUAGACAUUUUUACAGCUAAUUAAAUUCCCUAAUCAGGGAAAGAAAACUAAAGCAACGCAUCCUUUUACAUGAUCUUCCAUUAAUACAAAAACUAUUUACAGAAGUAACCGGGCCAUUCAAAAUUCUUAGUGUUUAGAGCUGUAUCAGUCUAAAAUUUCACUCAUAUGCUUUUGAAAGGGUCUUAAAAAGUCUUAAGUUUGACUUGAAGAAACCCUGUUUAAAACCCUUUUUUAGAAAUGCCUUAAAAACACCUGGAAAUAAUAAACAAUAAAUUUCUUAUGAUUAAACAAUAAAAUUCGGGGUGCUGGUCAACCAUAAUACAGACUCAACAUUGUAGAUCCUGCGAUGAGACAAUUGCAAAUGUACACAUUGCGAUAUUAAUGCUGAAAUGAUAUAUUGUGCAUCCCAGCAAGUGGAUCAACCAGAUAAAUCUUGGUGCAUUCCCAAAAACACAAGAUGUGACCAUUAAAAGGAUUGAUUGAUGAAUUAUGUUCAUAUUCUGAACCCAUAGUGAAACGGGACCACGUGUGUAAUAAAUUUUUUGCUCUGCACCAAAAGAACAGAACAGAGCUCUACAAUAAGUGUGAACACACCCUAAGUGUUUUCAUUCCCUUUAAAAUGCCUCUGUAAAAUGACACUCCAACCAAUUUUUAGAUUUAUGCACUGAAUCAUUUAGUGUAGAACUAAAUUACGUGUAAGUUUUAAGAACAGGAAUAAGUUUUAGCAGAAAACAGAAAUAGUUUUUUCUUAUAGCAUGUAGUCCUGUAAUGUUUAUUUAGCAUCUCAGAGAAAUAAGAUUAUAGUUUACUUUAUAGAAAUGAGUAUUUUUCUGUUUAGUGUCAUAUAUGUUUAAUAAUAAGUUCUAAGUUAUUUCCUUCUGACGUUAAGUGACCACUAGGGGGACAUAUGUGCCAAAUUUUUAAGCAACCUACAAAAUCAGUUUGAUUAAAAUUAAUAAAUUAACUAAUUAUAUCAUGUAUUUUACUAUUUUAUUAAAUUCUAAGUUUUCUUAAAAAACUGAAGUAGUUUUUUCUUGUAGUCUGUAACUCCAGUAAUGUUAAUUUACAACAUCAAAGAAAUAAGAUUACAGUAUACGUUAUGGAAAUUAGUAUUAUUAUUCUUCUGUUAGUAUCCUAUGUGUUAUAAGUUAUGUUACUUUCUUCUGACAUUAAAUGACCACUAGAGGGACAUAUGUGCCAAAUAUUGAAACGAACUACAAAAUCGAUUAAAUAAAUAGCAAUAAGCAUGAUAUAAUUAUUUCAUAUAUGGUACUAAGUUAAUAUUGCAAUUUAGUAACAGUAUUUUUUAAUAUAAAUUAGCUCUUUUCAAGUUAUCUUUUUUUCAUUUAUUUAUUUUUCCUGAUUAGAAACGGUAACAUUCAUUACACAUUUUCAUGGAACUGAUAUGUCUGAUAAAUAAAAUAAACAGACUUUAUUUAAACCGUU